CCCACUCUCUUUCUCUCAGGUUAGACCUGCAGCUGCUGCACCACCACCUCAUGCUAUCCGGAAUUAUUAUUUUUUUCCCUUUUUAAAAAAAUCCGUUUAGUUUCGAUUUAAUCUCCUAAUCCGGACUAAUUAAUCCGAGUAACGCGUGUUUUUACAGUCGAGUCUCUCCUCACAGCUGUUCAAAGAUGGGCUGCGCUGGAUUCACCUGCUCCAAACACUCCCUGUGCGCACUCAACAUCCUCUACAUUAUGGUGAGUCUGCUGAUGAUCGGCAUCGCUGCGUGGGGGAAGUGGUUCGGUCUGGUCUCCAGUUUCCAGGUGGUAGGAGGCGUGAUCGGCGUGGGGGUCUUCCUCUUCUUUGUGGCUCUGGCCGGUCUCAUCGGGGCCAUGAAGCACCACCAGGUCCUGCUCUUCUUCUACAUGAUCGUCCUCUUCAUGGUGUUUAUCGUACAGUUUGCUGUUUCCAGCGCCUGUUUGACCAUUAACAAAGAACAACAGGACCACCUGCUGGAGGUCGGCUGGAACAACUCUGAGAGCACGCGGAGGGACGUGGAGAAGAGCAUCAACUGCUGCGGCUUCAGACGCGUCGACCCCAACGGCACGUGUGACGCUGCCUGUUUCCCCAACCACUCCUGUUUGCCCUGUGCUGAUAAGAUCCGGGAACACGCUGGGAAAGUGUUGCACUUUGUCGGAGGGAUUGGACUUUUCUUCAGCUUCACUGAGAUUCUGGGAGUGUGGAUCACGUAUCGCUACAGGAACCAGAAAGAUCCAAGAGCCAAUCCUGGUGCGUUCCUGUGAGAGAGCACCAGUGGACGUUCUCGUGGUCAUAGAGGUUUUCUGACGUGUGCUUAUAUGAGGUUCUGACACCUUGUCCAUCAGUGACUUUUGCAGCCAGAGGGGACACAAGGAAAAGCAGGUUUUAGCCAAGUACCUUAAGGCCAUUCAUCCAUCGUCUACCAUUGUAUCCUCCACAUGAGGGUCGCUGGUUCCAAUCCCAGCUGAGGUAGGGCGACACACACACUAGUGACUCUUAAAGCAGUUAUUGUCGAUGUAGUGAAUCAUUAGAAUCAGUUCAUUAAAAAGAUUUGUUCAGUACUUCCUUCAUGACCGGAGCACAUGUGAUGCGGCUCGUCGCUCGCGAUAGCCGGCUUUUAGCAGUGCUGUGGCUAAAUACACCAGACUCCUCUGUUAAAUAUUUUACAGAGGAGAUUUUAUACAUUUCCUUGUUAAAUGUUGGAGUUUAACGCACGUUUUGAGGAUUUUUAAUCUACAGCAUUGUUCGGUUUGAUUCUUGUGUCGGACAUCGCGCUCGUGACUCUUCCAGUGACGACACCACUGACCAAUCAGUGGCCGACAGUCUGUUGACGUCAGUAUCAGCUCAGCUCGUUUCGAACCUCGUCAGAGCAGGUUCUAAAAAAAAGGUACCAGGUACCAUCACUAAUGGAAAAGCAAAAUAACCGUGCCGCGCCGAGGCGAGGCGAGUCUUGCCGGGACCAUGUAGUGGAAAAAGAGCCAUUACAGUCAAUUUAGAGCGUCCAGUUUGCCUUAUCCCCGUAAUCUACAUGUUUUUUGGACUGUGAGAGGAAACUGGAGAACCCCAAAAAGUCUCAUUGAAUAAAAUCUGAUUAAGUGGGGAUUAAAUCUCAGGAUUAGACCGCUUUUUUCCAACUAGAAAGUGAGGUUUGUGUGUGAUUUUACACCACAGCACACAGAAAUUAGAGUUAAUCCACUGCGUCACUGUAUUAAAACGUGUUAUUUUCUGAUUUUGGGUGUUUGAAAUUCUUUGUUUAGAUUUCCCGAAGUGGCACAAACUUACCAAACAAAGCUGUGAUACCAGCAAACGGCGACUCUAGUCACAAAAAGGUUGUCUAACAGCGAGAGAUUAAGCUGUGAACAUAUUAUAAAGAUGUCAUAGACUUAAGCAGUUGCAGUUAGUUAAAGGGGAUUAAAAUCUGUGUUUUCCUUACGGCUCCACUGGCAGCCAGUGUGUCAAUACCUCAUAUAUUCACACUUAAUAUAUAAAUAAAUAAUAAUAAGUUCCUUUAACUGUACAUAAAAGACUGACCUGUGUGUUUUCACAUACUGAUGCAGUGAUGCUGUGACCGUGAUGGGAUGUUUGGGUUUUUUAUGAAACUCUCAUGUCUGCACAUUUUUACUGUUGUAGAAAAUUGUAAUAUAAUAAUUGGCCCCAAACACUGUCAUUGUUAUUGUGCUUGUUGCUGAUUUGUUCUUUCAAACAGUCAAAGUUCCACUGAUCACACUGUGCAACACUGUGUACUGACAUUUAAUGAAUGAAUGAAUGAAUGAAUGAAUAAUGAAUGAGAAGAAGAAAUGGAAAUGUUUUGACUGUGUGUGUGUGUUCUUGUAUUUGUCACUUUGUGAGGACCAAAAAUGGUAUAAACCUUGUGGAGUGACGACAUUUUAGCAAAGUGGGGACAUUUUAUCUGGUCCCCACAUCUUUAAAAGGGCUUUUUGGGGGGGUUAAGACCUGGUUUUAGGGUUAAGGUUCGGGUCCUCACUUCGAAAGCUGCACAAAUGUGUGAAUGUGUGUUCUUGUUUGCGUCUCUUUGUGUGUGUGGAAGCGAGGACAUUUUGGCUGAUCCUCACAUUCUCUCACCCCUAAAAGGGCUUUUUUUAAGGGUUAACUUGGUUUUCAGGUUAUGGGAUAAGGGAUUUUGUUGUGAUGUUAAGGUUAGGAUAAGGGGCUCUGCAACCUUUAGUAUUAAAAGAGCCAUUUUUAACCCUUCUCCACACAAAUAAAAAAUAUAAUAAAUAAAUAUAAUCUGAAGCUGCAAAACAAAACAUUUGAUCCAUAAAAUGAAGACAACAUCAUGUAUAAAGUUUUAUAUAUAUAGAUAGAUAUAUAGAUGUUGUUUAUUUAAGUCCACAUUUCAAACAUACAAAAUAUUAAACCACUUUCAUUUAUCGCCUUGAUCCGUAAAAAAAAAAGUGUUCACUUUUGAAGAAUUAAUAAAAGAAAGAAAGAAAAUAAAGAUGUCCUCACUUUGAAUGCCACACACUCGUGUGUGUGUGUGUGUGUGUGUGUGUGUGUGUUUGUUGCUCCUGGCUGUGUGCUCAGCAUAUUUGGCCUCUUGCAUGACUCUGACUCUGCUGCAAAUAUAAUUUACAGCAACAACCUGCUGAUUCUUUGUACUGUACACUUCAAUAAAGUUCAAGUUGACAAAAAAAAUGUU